GUGGGCAACGAGGGACUGGGGUGGAGGAGCACCGUGGCGGGAAUUGGCUAUGAUAUAACGCCGCAGGUGGGGAGGGUGGACCACUCCCCCAUUAGUUACCGUAGUGGGUAAAGGGAAGCGGUAGGUCUGCAUAUGCGAGCAAAGUAGGCACGAGUACUCUAAGCUACGGUAGAAUUUAUACCGCUACAAGGGAAUGAAUGACAUACUGGUAUCACAUUGGGGCACAUACGACGCAGUCUAGAUUCCGCAGUAUUAAGGAUAUGAAACUAGAAAUUGAAUGGGUGAUGCUAGGCCCUUUUAUCGACGGAUGCAUGUCCAUUGUGCUAAUUCCUGCCCACCCUUCUCCCGUUAUGCCUCAUCUCUUCCACCUGGUUAGAGCACAAAAAGCGCCUUGAACAGAGUCAUUCUUAACUCUGCUGGCCCGCCCUCCCCUCGUCCACCCAGCUAUAUACAUGGCCUCUGCCUCCCCCGGAUUUCCCUCCACCUCCUUCUGCUCCGUCCACCUUUACCCAUGCUUCUCACUUGCUGACCAUCAGGCCACGGCAUCGGGGGGUUCUGCUAUCGUGUCUAGUGCCGCCGAGCCAAGCUUCAGCAUCAAACAUACCCGCAAACUUCAAAACAAUUCUUCCGUUGCCACUCACGAAAGAAGCCUCCGAACAUUGCUGUCUCACAUCGACGUCACCGGCCGGCAAUGGCCCUCCCGGGAACAACGACCACAUCAGCCGUUCCCAGCCCCGCUAUCUCUACCACCGCAAAUAUGGAACCGCAGCCAACCGCUGCAAAUAAUGGUUCUGCUGCUGCGGGUCAGAAGAGAUCCGCUACUGUUGCUGGAAAUGCAAACCCUUCAAUCUUCCGCCCGGUAAAGCGUCGAGCCUCCAAGGCUUGUCAAUGUUGCCGAGCGAGAAAAGUGCGUUGCAACGUUGUUGAACACGGUGCCCCUUGCACGAACUGCAGACUGGAUGAAGUGGAAUGCAUUAUUACAGAGAGCAGACGAAGAAAGUGAGGCAUAAAUCCUACUCCUGAAUUACUAUUGCCUCCAAUCAACUAUUCAAGCUUACACCCUCGUUUAGAAAACUCUGGGGCACCAAGGUUGACAAUACCGGCUCCGCCUCCGACACCGGUGCCGACACGACCACUCGAGCGGAGGCUAGUGCCUCACCAUCGGAAAGGAAAACUGGCUUCUGUCAUAAAAAUGGGACCCGUAUUUCGGGCUCUCCCCCGGCAAGGUCAAUUGACCUCCGCUCCGACAAGGAGGGCGGUGGCCACGUGCCUCAUCUAAUCUGUGCGUUCAAUCCCUCCGUGUGCUCGGGAAAAAGAAAGAAAAAAACUCACCACCCGAAACCCUUCUCACAUUUUCUUGUGCGAGCAGACCAGGCACAAGGUCUGCGAAUGGUGCGUGACCGUCGGGCAUCUUACGCAUCAUCUCAUGAAUCCCUCCCCUCCUUGGCGAAUUCACUAUCCACACAUACCUCGGCUUCGUCAUCGCAUCCCCGCAAAUUACUUACCACCUCACAAGCUUGCAAUGAAUUGCCGGCCUUCAUCAAGCCUACCCCCAUAAAGAUCCCACUCGAUGAUUUGGACUACCUAGCGAAGAAGGGUGCUCUAACACUUCCGGAGGAGCCCCUACGAAGCGAGCUACUGCGGAGCCAUUUUGAUUUUGUGCAUCCCUACAUGCCGCUAUUGAACAGGAAGGAGUUUUUGAGAAGUGUUACCUCCGACGAUGGAAGUAAAGGGAGAAUCAGCCUUUUACUCUUUCAAGCGGUGAUGUUCGCUGGAAGUGCAGUGUGUUUGUACCUUCCUCUUCCGAAUUUGUAGCGCGACUAACCGAACCUCCUAAAUUAGUUUGUCGAUAUGGAAAGUCUUCGUGCAGCCGGAUAUACAACACGCAAAGCUGCCCGGAAGGCAUUCUUCACAAAAGCCAGGGUAUGUGUAAUCGCUUUAUUAUAACCUGGUAUUUCUGACAGAUACAAAAAGGUGCUUUACGAUUUCGACCAUGAACAAGACCGCAUCUCACUCGUUCAAGCGAUUUUGCUCAUGACAUAUUGGUAUGAGACACCAGACGACCAAAAGGAUACAUGGCACUGGAUGGGGGUUGCCAUUUCCCUUUCACACACAAUCGGUCUGCACAGAGACCCAGCAAGCUCGAAUAUGGAUCCUGACCGCAAGAAAUUAUGGAAGCGUAUUUGGUGGAGCUGUUUCAUGCGGGAUAGAUUGGUGGCAUUGGGGAUGAGGAGGCCGACAAGGAUAAAGAGCGAGGAUUGCGAUGUGCCGAUGCUUACACUGGAUGAUUUCUCGAUUGAUACGGGCCCUGAUGGUGAUGAGGAGGAUUCAGUGUUCUGGAGUUGCGGGGAAAGGCAGAGGAAGGAAAUGGAGUCACGCCGGCGAAAGGAGCUUGCAAUCUUGUGCAUUCAGAAAGCCAAGUUGUGUAUGGUUAUCAGCCGGGUGCUUUCCGCGCAAUACUCAGUAUUGAACACCAACCAAGGAACUUUAGCUGCCGACGGAAACACUAGGACCACUAUGAUGCUGUUGCCCAAAAAGCUAGAUCCCGAGUGUUGCCAGGUGGAGAGAUGUGAUGAGGAAUUGGCCAAAUGGGCGCGAGAGCUACCAGAGGACGCGAUCUAUCGACCCAUUGGUGCCAAUGCUCCGGUAGAUGAGGUCCUUACCCUGCAUAGAAAUCUCCUUCACAUGUGUUAUUAGUAGGUUACCCCAAUGUCCGAACCAGCCUUUGGAAUGAUAGUAAUGGCUGAUUAUUUAUUUGCAGUACAACUGUCAGCGCUCUUCACAGGCCCCAGGUUCUGCCGUCUGCACCAGCCCCUUGGCCUGCAAGGAAUACCGGUGCCGAGCUUCAGGAGAUUUCCCGUAGAAAAGUUCGACAAGCAGCCUCUGAGAUUACUCAUCUCGCGGGUGAACUCAUCGACUUGGGUCUCGUUAAGUACCUUCCAACUACUGGGUAUGUAGGAAUGCACCACACUAUUUUACCACCUGUUUACUGAUAGAAGGACAGUGUCACCGUCAUGCUCCCAGCAGUGAUUAUCCACUUGCUCGACAUCAAAUCCUCGAAUGAGUUGACUAGGGAACUUAGUCUGGAGGGAUUCGGCAUCUGCAUGCAGGUGAUGCAAGGACUUCGGCAAUCAUACUCGGCGGCCGAUUAUGCAACUCACUUCUUAGAGGCUGCUAUCAAGAAGGCGGAAAUUCAGUUUGCCGGUCACAAGAAGUUCAGAGUAAGGAGAAGAGCGAGAUACCGCUAUUACUUUGACCAACCAUCCCCGCAAAAGCCAACGCCUACUAGCUCUCCGCACAGCACACCGUUCAGUGGCAAUGCGAUCGCAAUCCCUGCCUCCGCUCCACCGUCCAAUGCAGCGCUCACCCCGCCCCCUGACAUUGAAAAUACCAAUAUGCUGGAUGCGAUAUCGCUGGAUGAGAAUGAACUCCAGCUCAGAUUAGAAACCUUCCUCCAAUCUCCGCCAUCACCAAAACAAGAUGACCACCAGCCCCCAACCCCACACUCACUGCCCCAGAACUCUGCAGCCACUUUCACAAUUGGUAGCAACGGCAUGCUCCGCGUUCGCGAGGAACUUUUAUUCCCGUCGGAAAAGUCUACCUCACCGACGCCAUUCCUCUCCAUACCUCGCGCUACUGACGAAGAAAACGGGGACUUGGAUGCCUUACUCAACCUCGACGGCCAGCAUAAUGAUCCGUUCUUCGGGCACUACGAUGACGCACCGCUGGUAGACCAGAAACUCUUUGAUGGUGGGAUUAGUGCAUUCGGCCUCAUCGGGAACCCAAGCUCACUGCCGGACGAAGACAUAUCUAAGAUCUUUGAUGGCGCAGAUUUCGAUAUUGAUGGCGUUAUUCAAGUUUUGGGGACGGAGAUUAGUUGAUUUGGUUUUAUGUAUUACCCACUUAUUGUCUAAUAACCAUUCUUGCCCCCCCCUUGGUUCUUUUGGUUUAGUUCGGGCGUGAUUUACGAUGUCUCUAUUGCAAUACCUAGAACAGCAGGGGACGAAAAAAAAAAAGGUUUGUUGGACGACCAGGUUGGUGGGAGUGAUGGAGUUUUUUUUCCUCUUGAUUCCUUUGCUCCUUUCGUACCAUACUGGUUACUUUAUCUAUCUAUCUCUUUUUACCCCCCAUCACACGUAUAUUGUAGUCUGCGGCAUCCUGUACAGUAUGAUGAUUUCCUUUUGGCGUAUACCCAAGUCGGCUGAUACCAUUGCAAUUACAAUAAACAAGGAAAAAGUUGAUCAA